CCUGAGCCACUGCCGGCUGCAUCUCCGUCGGAAAGUGCGCUCGCCACAUCCCUUCGGCCGCCCGCGAGCGUGUCGUCUCCGCUUAGAAAGGGAGAAACCUGAGCUGUGAAGUAGCUGCGGAGAGAGCUCGGGAAGCCGCCCCAUUGGACAGGGACCCAGGGAGUGAGAGCGGGCGCGCCCCUCGUCCGAGGAUCGCAGUCCCCGGCGGGGACGCAGCACCCGCCGCGCUCCUGCCGGGCGCCGCCCGCCCGGAGGACCCUCCGCGCAUUGGGAACCCGCGGCGGCGGCCGGGAUCCCGAGCUGCCAGGCGCUCCCGGCGGGUCCCGGCUAACUUUCCCCCGGCCCACGUGCUAGCGGGCGGCUGGCUUCCGAGCCCGGGAUGGGGCGCCGCGCCUAGGCACCCGCACCGCCCGAGACGGUCAAGGCGGGGAGAUGCCGGCCGCGCGGGACUGACCAGCGCUGUCCUCGGGCUCCUGGCGACUCUCGCUCCGCGUCCUCCCAGCAGCGGGCAGCGCCGGCUCCUCUCCUCCUAUGAGCCCUCCAGUUCCCCGACUCUGAGAGGCGCCUCUCCCCCGCCCGGCCGCCCAGAUGCAGUUUCGCCUCUUCUCCUUUGCCCUCAUCAUCCUGAACUGCAUGGAUUACAGCCAUUGCCAGGGCAGCCGAUGGAGGCGCAGUAAGCGAGCUAGUUAUGUAUCAAAUCCCACUUGCAAGGGUUGCUUGUCUUGUUCAAAGGACAACGGGUGCAGCCGAUGUCAACAGAAGUUGUUCUUCUUUCUUCGAAGAGAAGGCAUGCGCCAGUAUGGAGAGUGCCUGCAUUCCUGCCCAUCAGGCUACUAUGGACACCGAGCCCCUGAUAUGAACAGAUGUGCACGGUGCAGAAUAGAAAACUGUGAUUCUUGCUUCAGCAAAGACUUUUGUACCAAGUGCAAAGUAGGCUUUUAUUUGCAUAGAGGCCGUUGCUUUGACGAGUGCCCAGAUGGUUUUGCACCAUUAGAUGAAACCAUGGAAUGUGUGGAAGGAUGUGAAGUUGGUCAUUGGAGUGAAUGGGGAACGUGUAGCAGAAAUAAUCGCACGUGUGGAUUUAAAUGGGGUCUGGAAACCAGAACACGGCAAAUUGUUAAAAAGCCAGCAAAAGAUACAAUACCAUGUCCAACCAUCGCCGAAUCCCGGAGAUGUAAGAUGGCCAUGAGGCACUGUCCCGGAGGGAAGAGAGGGCCAAAGGCGAAGGAGAAGAAGAACAAGAAGAAGAAGAGGAAGCUGACCGAAAGAGCCCAGGAGCAGCACAGUGUCUUCCUCGCUACAGACAGGGCAAACCAGUAAAAUGAGACACGUCGGGUGGAUUUUGGGGUUUUUUGUUUGUUUUUUGCAAAAGUGCACAAAGCUACUCUCCACUCCCGGACACUGGUGUGCGGUGUUUGUGCUGCUCUGACCGGUAUCCGUUCCCAGUGACGUUGUGAAAGGAGGAGCCCCGAUGGCCUCUGUUAUUUAUGCUUUGAUUUGCAGCUGGAGACUGUGAAGGUGGGAGCUCGUGACCAGAAUCGGGGGAAGCAGGAGUGAGUGUACAGCACGGGUCUGGGCUCGGUGUGCACCACCACCAAGUGUGAGGCUGCAGACCCCCACUGGAGAACGGACUCGUGCAUAUUUAUGGGAAGGAAGAUGCUCAACAGGCAAAGUGCUAUUUCACUUGUGCCCUCUAUUUCUCACAUUGUGCACUGUCAAGGAUACAUGUAUGUGGAUAUCUGCUUAAUGUUACCACAUGUUCUCGGCAUCUGUUCCUUUCCAAGCUGUUACGGGAUGGAACUGUUCUUAGCUGGGGAUAUGCUGCAGGAAUUCCUGCUCAGUUUCACAGCAGCUCUGAUAUGUACAUAUUCUGCUGGGGCUAUGCAUAAACCUCUUAUUUACUGUAUAUUUAUGCUCUCUUAUGUGUAACAAGUCAUGCCUAAUUAAUAGAUGUCACUUUGUUUUUUAGUGGUUCCUAACUGUUGUCCAGUAAAUGGCUGUUCUAGGUUUGAGAAUUGACAAAUGUUUUGUUGCCCCUUGAACCUUACCUUUCUUUGUGGGCUUAUUUCUCACUGUAAGGAUAGCAUAAGCUAGUUUGUACAUAGGGUCGAAUGAUCGGUGUCAAAGAAUGUGAGUAUCUCCUCACAAGAUAAAGCAGCAUCUGGCAGUCAGAAACCAGAGGUCCCUUUGAGUCUAAGAUGGGAUGACAUCAUGAAACACACCUGAAACACGAGGAAGUACAAGCAGCCAUUCCUAGUACUCCUCAUGCAACUUCACAGGCCAGCUAGAGAACUCUGCAAACUUCAGUAUGUGUAUAUGCAUCAUUUAAAGCAGUCCCUGACUUACAGUGACAGGGCACCUACCAGUAUUCUUGGGUCACUGUAGGAGUUACCCUCAUAAGACUAUGCUUUGGAUCUGAGGAGAAAACAAGAUAAAUUCCUACAACUGCUGGUCAGAUCUUAACAGGUCCCCAUGGAGCCAGGAUGUAUUUCAGAUCUGAGAUGGGCAGGAACAGCGUGGGAGCUCUGAGGGGACAGUUUCAGAGUUGUGCUUUCAAAAACAUCCUGGUCCCCUUGGGGGAAUCAACUCUUAAAGGAUUUUGAAUUGGCUACUUCUAAAAGCAUCAUUAUCUUCCUGGAUGAUCCAAAAGAAAUGGUUGCAGAUUUUUGAGGAAAAAACAAAGCAAGGUAAAGCCUUUCUCUCACCUUGCAUUGGCAAAACUACCUCUUCACAGCAUUUUGGUAUUUUGGUUAACUUUUGAGUCAAAAGCAUCUUACCAAUAAAUAUAAAUGUCAUAUACACCAUUAUGAAAAUAUUGAUAUGAGAUAAGCCAUAUAUGAAUGUUGUAUUAAACUUUAGGGUUUGCAUUUAAUCCUGAAGUGUUCACCUCCUUUCAUGUCUAUUUACACUAUAUUCCUAUUACUAAGCAGGGAGGGGGCUCUUGUAUAGUGCUUCAUCGUUAAUAAGUCAAUACCUGUUCUGUUUCUGGGAUGUUCUUUUCAUGCAUUAAAAAACUUCAAAAGUAUUUGUUGAAAUUUACUUUUCUUUUGAGAUAUAUUUAGGAAAAAACCCAACACUUUAAACUCUACCCUCAAAUGAUGGUCCUUAAAAAAAGGAAAACAAAUUUUUCAAACCUAUGUUAAUAACUACAUCUAAGCCACUAACUAGGUUAGCUAUACAUUACAUGGUAGUGGAGUGGUUAAGAGUGGAGGUUUUAGGAACUAACAAGCAAAAUAGAGACAAACUCUAGGGUGGUGGUGGGGAAUAGGCUGGGGGGAUUGAGCAAAAGGAAUUCAUGGACACAGACUGCAGGGGGGAUAAAUGGUGAUGGAUAGAAACUUGGGGUGGUGAACACACAAUACAGUGUACAGAUGAUUUGUUAUGGGUUUGUGCACCUGAAAUCUGUAUAAUUUUGUUAAUCAUUGUCAUUCUAAUAAAUUGAAUAAAAUGGAAAAAAAUAAAAUUGGAAAAAAAGGAAAUUUUAGAGCCAGACUGAGUUCCAGUAUAGACUGAGAAUAGCUUGGGGUAAAUUAUGUAAUUUAUCCAGGUCUGUUUACUUAUCUGAAAUGAAGGUAACAGUAUUACCUACCUGCAGGGCUGUGUUUUAAG